ACGUGACGUGUUUUGGUUUAGCAAAGAUGGCCGCCUGCAUUAAAAUGGUCUUGAAACCCGGCUGGGAGGCGUGAGGUCGUUCAUUAAAUUGUUGAUAUAUAACGAUUACCUCGUAAGAGGGAACCGAUAGCUCGCAGACUUCUGCGACUGAAUGGUCUCGUCAUGGAUAUAAUUAGUUCUAAUGACAGAAUGCUAUAAGGCCGCAAGCUCGCAAAUUGAAGAGACGCUUCUGACAGCAUAGGUAAUAGCAUAGGUAAGCGUGUGAGCUUAAGGAUAUAUGUUUAAAGGAUAUAGCUAGCUAAACUAUAUUCAUAUAGCAGGUUGUGUGCAUUACUCUAUACUGCGUAUAUUUUUAUGGCCAUCUAAAUUAAUUUCUUCACUUAGUACGCCAGUUAACGUAGCCAGUUACUCACAAGAAAUAAGUUGAAUACAUUCAGCUUAAACUAAAUAACAUUACCUUAUUUCGCUUACAUGCGUAACGCUUGGUUGACUUUGUUUAACCGAAUAUUUUCCUUCAUAACUGAAUGAGUGGAGACUAGCGUUAUAGCCUAUACUUCCUCGUGUAGAUACCUUAAGUUAGCUUGAACUUGUAGCAGCGAUGGCGUUGCUACGGUCAAGGCUGCCUCGCCUCGGUCCGCUAUGUUACGGCCGCAGGGACAUCAGCUUUUUCUCCAACACGUCGCCCUCAAACUGGAGUAAAGUAGUCUCAGACGCGGAGAAAAUCGUGGGGUAUCCCACCUCGUUCAUGAGCUUGCGGUGCUUGCUCAGCGAUGAAUUAAGCAACGUCGCGAUGCACGUCAGGAAACUCGUGGGAACCAAGCACCCUUUGCUAAACACCGCAAGGGGCUUUGUGUACGACAGUAAGAGUAACCUGCAGAUGAGGGGGCUGGUGGUGUUGCUGAUAUCGAAGGCCGCGGGGCCCAGCGCCGGGGCAGCUGACCUCCUGCAGCAGGACAUGGUGAGCGGGAUCUACCCCAGUCAGCGGAAUCUGGCUGAAAUCACCGAGCUCAUCCACACGGCCUUCCUGGUGCAUCGUGGGAUUGUUGACCUGAGGGAGUGGACGAACUCCGACGGCCCUCUCAAAGACAUGCAGUUCGGAAACAAGAUGGCCGUGCUCAGCGGGGACUUCCUGUUGGCCAACGCCUGCACAGGAUUGGCCCAGCUCAACAAUACCAAGGUGGUGGAGCUGAUCUCCAGUGCCAUUGGAGACCUGGUGCAGGGUAUAUACUCUGAGAACUCCUCCAGUGCUGAGGAGAGCAGUCCUGUCGAUGACAUCACGAUGACCUCGUGGGAGGAGCAGACCUUCCUGUCCCAUGGUGCUUUGCUGGCCAAGAGCUGCCAGGCUGCCAUGGAGCUCGCCAGGCAUGACCAGAAGGCCCAGGCGCUGGCCUUCCAGUACGGCAAGCACAUGUCCCUGGGUCACAAGAUGAACUCUGACCUGCAGCCCUUUGUGAAGGGCAGUUCGGGGGACUCCGUGUGCUUCAGCCUGAGCUCGGCCCCUGUGGUGUUCCACCGUCACAUGGUGGGGCCCGAGAGCUGGGAACUGCAGCUGCAACAGGCCACCACUAUUGGAAGGCAGGUGGACUACACAAAGCUCCGCGGGACGAUCACGGCGGGGACGGGCGUGAGCUCGGCGAUGGAUCUCUGCGGUUACCACGGAAACCGAGCCCUGGAGGCCGUCCGCUGCUUCCCGCCGUCGGAGGCCCGGUCCGCUUUAGAGAACAUGGCCGCCGCCGUCACCAAGUUCUGACCCGUUACCGGGGGCGACGGCGGGGCGGGGGUCGGGGGGUGGCGCUCAUCCUCUCCAAAAACUCUACUCACUCGCCUCACUGACUCCUGACCCUGCCCCCAGUGCCUGAUAUGGCCCAAUCGCGGAAGGACGCUGACCUGAUAAUCUGAAGGUUCUGGCCCAAUCAGGUCUGGGCUAGAAUGUGACUUGAGCUGUCAUAGGGAGCUGUGAUGAACCCCGCCCACUAAUCAGUACUGGUGUGAUCAACCAAUCACUGAGAGCCUUUGGUCCAGAAGCCCUUUGACUGACACCUGAGGGCCUAACCGCCCUGCCUCAUUCGCCAAAGUCUGGGACGACUUUUUAUUGAAAAACCAAUAAAGAAAGUAUUCUAUAUAUA